UAAAAAUCAGUGACGUCAGACGUGAAGAACGCGUUCCGACCGUGGGAUUUCUCUCUGAAAUAACUGCUUUAAAGAGACGCCAAAAGACGUGAAGAGACGCUGUGGUCCCACCUGCCACCGAACACACAUGUCCCCCGUCCUCCGGCCCUGUGAUUGGUCUCUUUGGGUCAGGCCAUGGUCCCAGCUGUGUGGGCGGUGCUUCGGAUGGUGUCCCGGGAGGGAGCCGCUGUGCUAAAACCAAAAGCUCCGAUCUGCGGGCCCCGUUAUGCGGCUACGUCUACGUGCUUCCGAGGGAUAUCCAGCUCAGUGAGACGCCUACAGGCAGCAGCCAGGAUGCCAGAGGUUACUACGGAGACCACCGCGGAAAUAUCCACCGACCACCUGGACGAGAAGCAGGUGCAGCUGCUGGCGGAGAUGUGCAUCGUUGUCGACAGCAACGACCGCAAGAUCGGAGCCGAUACCAAGAAGAACUGCCACCUCAACUCCAACAUUGAUAAAGGGUUGCUCCAUCGAGCCUUCAGUGUCUUCCUCUUCAACAGUGAGGAAAAGUUGCUCCUCCAGCAGAGAUCUGAUGCCAAGAUCACCUUCCCAGGCUGCUUCACCAACACAUGCUGCAGUCAUCCUCUGCACACAGACAGCGAGCUAGAGGAAGCGGAUGCUGCCGGCGUGAGGAAGGCGGCUCAGAGGAGACUGGGAGCUGAACUGGGAAUCCCUCUGGAACAGGUGACUCCAGAGGAGAUGACCUACCUGACACGGAUCCACUACAAGGCCCAGUCAGACGGCGUCUGGGGAGAACACGAGAUCGACUACAUCCUGUUCAUGCAAAAGGACGUGGACCUGAACCCGGAUCCCAACGAGAUCAAGACUCACUGCUACGUGAGCAAAGAGGAGCUGAAGUUGAUGCUGGAGAAGGCGGAGAAGCAGGAGCUGGAGGUCACGCCCUGGUUCCGCCUCAUCGCCAACACCUUCCUCUUCAGGUGGUGGGACAACCUCCACAACCUCAAGCAGUUCACGGACCACCACAACAUCCACCGCAUGUAGACGUCCAUGUCUGCAAACAGGUGGCUGUUAGUUCACCUGUCGCACACCUGAGAGCAGGAAGUGGUUCAGAGAGGAAGAGACACAAGUUUCAAGGAAACUUAAAACUUUUACCUGCUGGAAAACAACCACCUUAUUUUUCUAUAAAACUGAUUAGAGCUGAGGGUGAUGAUGAUGAUGAAAUAUGAAUAUAAGAGGUGAGGAUGAUAAGGAAGAGUAGCCGUCUUUCUUCCUUUUACAUAAUAAUUAAGUGGAUUGUGGCCGCUGGCUUCAUUUCAAGGCAGUUUGUUUUUUAGAAAACGGUAAAAUCCCAUCUGAUUGUUUCAGACAGAAAAUAAAAAUGUUUGUU